AUGUCAAAUCCAGUAAUUGAUUCAGAUGUCAGAACAUAUCGCUUUAAACGCAAGAAAUAUCCUUUCUUCAUGAACACAGAUGCUUCAAUGUGGUCAUUUCAACGUUUUUAUUCUACUAUCAUUCACUCUGGAGACGCACCAAAUACAUUCAAUGAAAUUCACGACAACUGGACCGCCAGCCUGAAAUUUAUUAUGAAGCAAAAAAAUGUCCCAGAACCAAUCGUGAAUUUUGUGAGAGAGCUAAUUGAAUUCAAUAGCUCUAAGGAAUUUGAGAAUUUACGGGAUGUCUUUGAGCAGGACUUCCAUGCACACGUGCUUGCAACAAUUUCUAGCGGGUCAAUGACAAAGAGCACAAUGGCAAAAGGUUAUAUGAAGCAGACGAAUGAAAUCUUAAACAGUACAUUUGGAAAGCAAGGCAAGAAAAAUGAGGAAGACGAGGAUGCAAUGCAGGACUCUAAUAAAGUUCAUAGUGAUGAUGAAUUUACGGAAACAAGUCCAACACGCAAAAAAAAUCUUAAAAGGAAACUAGGAAAUGACGAAUUACCAGGUUACGAUGGACUAGUAUUUCUUUUUAAUGAUUCGAAUGAAGAUACAAUUAUAAAUAAAAUUGAUGAAAAUACACUCGAAGAUGAAAUAAAAUUGCCGCAAGCGAGUGAUAAUAAGGAUCCACUUAUAUUUAUAUUUGAUGACAUUUUGAAUUCAUUCCAAACAUAUCAAAAUAAAAUCCCUAAAAUUCGCAGAGUUUUCACUCCUGCAUAUUGGGGAGUGCUCGAUCUGACCAGAGAAAGUCUUUAUGGAUGUAAAGAAAUUACAGAAAACAAUUUACAACAGUUAUCUCAAGAUUUCGCUGAUCAUAUCAAAUGGAAAUGUGAACCAGUCCCAAGAGAUAUUCAGGAUUACUUUGACAGUAGUUGCGAAAAACUUGACAAUAGUAGUGAAAAUAAAGAACUAAAACAUUUUGAUACCAAUGUACAAUUUUUGAAAAACAACGUGCAUUUCUUCCAAGGAAUGAUAAUGGAAGAACAUUUGAAAAUGACAACUUCUUAUCCGUUAUUUCAUGGAACAAUUACAUCCGAUCAUAUAAUGCAUUCUUGGGGAGAAAUACAGACUAUUUCAAGCAGUGAUGCAUGUAACGAAAAAUCAGAUCCAUUUAAAAAAGCACGAAUUGGUAAAAAGGUUGAUAUGAAAGCGAUGUUGCUAAAAACAUCAAAUAAAUUUGAGGCUCUUUUUGGAGAGGUUUCAGGUGGGCUGGGACCAUUUGGAGUCCCUACCGCUUGUCGUAAGAAAAGAUUUCUAGAUAAAGUAAAAUUAAUGAUAACGAUGCGUGAUAGUAUAAAUCGUCUAUUAAAAGAAUGUGAUUAUGUAUCGAAUGAAAAAAGAUUGGAAAUUAUAGUAUACGGCUGGCUUCAAUUUGGUUUAGAAUUGAAUUUCUAUGCUAUGGAUUGGAUGGGAUCAGGUAUAUAUCGAUUUGGAUUGAUAGAUCGAUGCAGGAUACCUGCUGAUACUGAUGAUUGUGACAUAUUAGAAGAUGCAUAUUGCAUUCUCAAGUUGCUCGAAAGUAAAUUACUUGAUACUGAAAGAGCUGUGAAAAAUCUAUUUUCGAAUAAUACGAAAGGAAAAAGACGACAAAUCACAUUGGAAAACAAAGCGGAGCUAAAUGCCAAUCGCUCUCCCUAA